GACGUGUCGAUACUGCUCUUCCACUUCCUGAAUGUUUGAAUGGUUUAUUGUGAUCAGUAUUAACGCAGGAUCUGAGGUUCCCCUGAUCGACAUGGAGAGAGGAGGAAUAUCAGCCAUACUGUUUGACCUGGACAACACUCUGGUGGACACUGCAGGGGCGGGACAGCUGGCUUUACACAGGGUAUGUGAGCUGCUGAGAAGUAAACUUAAGGACGCAAACACCAGCGACAUUUGUAAGCGGUUUGCCCGUAAACUUUACGAGGAACAGUUUGACCCAUCUGCAGGCAUAACCAUAGAUGACGUUCGGAUAAAUCACUGGCAUGAGGCCCUGCAGGAAGCCGAAGGUGUGGAUUGUGGCCGUGCUCUGGCCUCAGAUUGCUACUACACAUGGAAAACCACCCGUCUUCAGGCUCUAGCAUUAACUCCUGAAGUUUUCGCUCUGCUGCAAGAGUUAAAGCGCUCAUACAAACUGCUGCUGUUGACUAACGGUGAAGCCCAGACACAGCGGGAGAAGUUGGAGGCGCUGAGAUGUGAGGGACUCUUUAGUGCUCUGGUGGUGGCAGGAGACUAUUCUGAGCAGAAGCCUGCAGUUUCCAUUUUCACACACUGUUUCGAGCUACUCGGAGUAAAGCCACAAGACUGCAUCAUGGUGGGCGAUUCACUGGAUACCGAUAUCCAGGGUGGGUUUAACGCAGGGGUUCGUGCUACAGUGUGGAUUAGCAAGAACGCAGAUGCUCUUCCACAGAAUUGUGUGACUCCUGAUUACACCAUUCCCUCAGUGCUCGAGUUGCCUGGUGUUUUAGCGAAGCUGAAAUGAUAUUUUUUAAAGCUACAGUAUGGCAGUUAUUUAAAACUAAACAAUUUUAAGCAUGUCAUUUUGCAUACCUACUUUCACUUAUUAAAAAUUAUACAUUUAAUAUAUAUAUAUAUAUAAAAUGUGUAAGUUGUAAGACACUGAUUUUUUUUUCACAUGGGUUUUUUUUUUUCAAUACUUUUAUUGUAAUAAUACAGAGGUUUGGGUGAUGUGACUUUCAUAUCAUUAUAUGAAACAUUAUAGAGAUCAACAAAAAUGGCGAUGGUAAUAGAUUAGCAGGUGAUUUUGAGGUCUUCUUUUUAAUAAAAGAACUUUAUU